AUGGGGAUACAUUGUUUAUUCCCUUUCUUAAAACAUUACCAUAAAAGAAUAAACUUAACUGACUUUUCGGGCAAAAUAGCGGCAAUAGAUGCUUCCUGUUGGAUUCACAAGGCCUUGGUUUUAUCCAUAUCUCAAACUGGAAAUCGUUCAAGGUGAGAACUUGCAGUGACAAUUUUGAGUUUAAAAAACAGUCGAUCAUACUAUAGUCACGGUGUUUCUAUAUUUCAGGUUGGCUGAUAUUUUCGAGAAGCAUUUGUCAGUGGUUAGAAGAGCAGGAGUGACUCCUUAUAUUGUAUUUGAUGGACUUCCAUUGCCUGCAAAAGCGAGUGAAGUCGAGAAAAGGCAGAGGUGAUUGAAGCAACUUUAUACAUAGUUUUAUAGCAACGUUUGCAACCAAGAUUUUACGUUGAUAUAUUAUUAUAUUCACAUUUUAUAACUGAACUGACAGAUAAAUAUUUUCCCUUACAGAGGCCGAGAAGAAUGUUUGCUGAAAUCAGAAAGAGAAGGAAUUACUCCCCAAGAGGCCAACAAACUUCGAAGCCAAGCUGUUUCAAUCUCUUUCAAUGAUAUUUCAACUUGUGUAAACGUGAGUUCCCGUGGUGAAUAUCAGCCUAUUUUAACUAUAAUAUUAACAUAGAAAUAAAUUUUAAUAUACAACAUGUGGAAUAAAUUCACUAGCCAAGUACAUCAAAUCUGUUUAGAUUUGUUUAAAAGAAAAGGUGUCAUAUGUUGUCUCGCCCUAUGAAUCAGAUGCACAAAUGGCUUUUUUGCUUGAGACAAAUGUUGCAGAUUUUGCUAUUACAGAGGACUCUGAUCUUUUAGCUUAUGGCUGCAAAGAGGUUUGUUUAUUUUAUAUGCUAUAAAAAUUCCCUGAGGGAAUUGGUAAUUUAAUUUGGACCCGAUUUGACUAGCUCAGUUCUGUAUUUUGUGUUCCAAGUGACAAUUAUGAAGUGGAUCCGACAUUCUGACUAUGUUGAAUGAGUCCCCAAGAAGAAGUACCAUACAAACAUUGAGGGCCCUAGGGGGGGGGGGAGUUGACACUUCAAAAUUGUGUCAAAACAUCAAUGGGUCAUUUCAGACACAUACACACUUCCCCAAACUGAGGAAAUUAAUCUCCCAACCACCAUCAUGGGAGUUGGGGGAACCAAAAUUGUUUCUGAUACUGGGUAAUAGAUAGCAGAUUAGGACAUCCAAAGCGGGUUAAUUAAGAGAAGUAUUAUAUUAUAUUUGAUGGCAAAAUUGUUUAACUUUAAAUCAGAAUCAUGUCAAUUAAUCCAAUAUUAAACUGCUCCCACAAUUUUGCUAUAUUGCUGUUUUUUUUAGGUGAUUGUGAAGCUCUGCCUGAGUGGUGAAGGCUGUUAUUUGAGUCUGACCAACAUACUGGAAGGAUUGAAGCUAAAUUUCGAACAGUUCCAGAGUUUAUGUAUUUUAGCUGGGUGUGAUUACCUAAAAAACGUCCGUGGUGUUGGUAUCCAUACUGCAUACAAAUUAAUAUGUUCCAAAGAUGAUUUGUUCCACACACUAGAAAAAAGAGGUGCACCAGCUGAUUAUAAGGAAUGUUUUGCUAAUGCCAUGUCAGUAUUUUUACAUCAAACUGUCUUUGAUGUCAAUGCUGGAAAAGCAGUACCUCUACGAAAAUGGGAAUCUGCAGCUCCAGCAGUGGAAUUGCAGCUACUGUGUGGAAAGUAUCCUUUAAUCAAUAAAUUGUAUUGUUCACAUGUGUUUGUGAUGAUGUAUGAUUUUGACAUUUUGUGCAGGUUUCCUUAACAUUAGAUUUAAGAUUACUGACUGAUGAGUUCUCACAGGAACUGGCUGUUGGGAAUAUUCAUACGACCACUCGCAUGAAAGUCAAUAGCCAUUCCCUACAUGCUAAUGAUAAACAGGUAAAGGUGAAAUACUUUUGAGAGAUUUACGAACAAAUGUUAGUGACUGACCUAACAGAAAUUUUACUUGCCAUUGUUCUAGGUUCGUGAUGAUACAUUGCAUAGUCAACAAGAAGCAUCUGCUACAACAAAUG